AUGCCCGCGCCCCGAAGAAGAUGCAGUUCCCACUCGGGAACGUACACGCGCUCGUGGUGCGGACUUAUCAGGCCCGUCUCCUGGGCGUACCUGUACCACUCGGACGUGCGUCUGGGGGUCGUUUGGGUGCCACCCGGCGUCGUCGCGUUCGCGCCGUGGUGGAACAUGGCCGACGUCGAGUCCGCGGACGUGUGCCGCCGCGCUUCUGGCGUUUGGCAGUUUGAAUCUUGCACUUUUUCGUCUGCCACCGAGCCAGGCCUCUCACUUUUCGCCGCCCGCACCAACCUACACCAACCAACGAUGCCCGAGCUCUCCGCGAUCGCCCUCGGGCUCAACGGCGGCUGCUGCUUCGCCUACGCCGUCCUGUUCGGCCUGAUGCAGAACAAGCUCCUCCAGAUGUACGGAGUCGAGGCUGACAUGAAGACCUGGACCAAGUCCGACGCGUGGGAUGUGAUGAUACAGAUCAUGCGCAUCGUCGGAGCCUUCGAGUUUCUGAUGUCUUUCCUCUACCUCCACUACAUCGGCUUCCCCGAUAAGCACCAGGCUGGUUUGAGGGUGGGCGUCAUGCAGUACGCGCUCCUGGCCGCCGUAUCCCUGUAUCGCGUCGCGCUUGAGCCCACCAGCGCAAAGAACAAAGCGGUGGCGCUGAAGAGUCUCAUCAUUCAGGGCGUGUUCCUGGGCAUCAGCGUCGUUGGCAUGCUCAACGCGCCGAAGCCGCCGAAGAGGAAGUCGGCCUGA